UGCAAAAAAUCCGCCAUUAAAGUCUCCAUAAACCCUACACUCACUCCUCCUUCAGCUCUCUGUAAUGGCGAAUCCCAAAAAGUCGAAGAAAUCUAAGGUACCAGACGACAUUGACAGUCUCAAUAACGACGUCGCAUCGUUCGCUUCCUCUCUCGGCCUCUCCUCCCUCCCUUCCUCCACUUCCGGCUUCGAUGACUCCGACUUCCGGAAGCCUCCCUCGUCCAAACCCCUAAAAAAGCCUUCGCCUAAACAGAAUUCGAGCAAUCAGAAGGAGACGGAUAAGAGUAAUAGUCAAAGCAAGAAAUUCAAGCAAAAUGACAAGCCUCAACCUCGGAGGACUCCAUUAGACUACGAUAAUAAUUCAUCCAAGACAUUUGACAAGUACAAGGGUCUUCCAAAGCUUCCGCUUUUAAAAGCUAGUGCUUUAGGAGUGUGGUUCACAGAUGCUGCGGAACUGGAGGAGAAGGUGGUUGGUAACAAGAAGGUUGAGUUCGGUAGUGUUGAGGAAUGGAAGGCAUUGGUGCAGAAGAAAAAAGAAUUGGGAGAGAGGUUAAUGGCUCAGUUUGCAGCUGACUAUGAGUCGUCUAGGGGGCAAAGUGGAGAUAUAAAGAUGCUAGCUGCCACACAGAGGUCAGGCACAGCUGCAGAUAAGGUCUCAGCCUUUUCGGUCAUGGUUGCAGACAAUCCAGCUGCAAAUAUGAGAUCGCUUGAUGCUCUUUUGGGAAUGGUCACAGCAAAAGUUGGCAAGCGACAUGCCCUGACAGGUUAUGAAGCCUUAAGAGAACUCUUCAUUUCCAGUCUGUUACCUGAUCGCAAACUGAAGACACUCUUUCAGCGGCCUCUAAAUCAUGUCCCUGAUACAAAGGAUGGUAACUCUCUUCUGCUAUUAUGGUAUUGGGAGGAAUGCUUGAAGCAAAGGUAUGAACGGUUUGUUGCAGCUCUUGAGGAAGCAUCAAGAGAUGUUUUAGAUAUUCUCAAGGACAAGGCAUUAAAGACUGUUUAUAUGUUGCUGAGGAGCAAAUCAGAACAAGAACGCCGACUACUCUCUGCUCUAGUAAACAAACUUGGAGAUCCUAAAAACAAAGUUGCCUCUAAUGCUGACUAUCACCUAUCAAAGCUACUGGGAGAACAUCCAAAUAUGAAGGCUGUGGUGAUUGAUGAGGUAGAUAAUUUUCUUUUCCGCCCUCAUCUGGGACUGCGAGCCAAGUAUCAUGCUAUUAACUUUUUAAGCCAAAUUAGAUUGAGUCAGAGGGGAGAUGGACCUAAGAUAGCAAAACGUUUGAUAGAAGUAUAUUUUGCCCUCUUUAAGGUAUUGAUUUCUGAGGCAGGUGGAGGACGAAAGGAGAAAAAAAAUGAUGGACAUAAUUUGGAGCACAGUUCAAAUGAUGGUGAAUUAAACAAUACAUCAGAAUCCCAUGUUGAGAUGGAUUCACGGUUAUUAUCAGCACUUUUGACAGGUGUCAAUAGAGCAUUUCCUUAUGUUUCAAGUGAUGAAGCUGAUGACAUUGUUCAGGUCCAGACACCUGUGUUGUUUCAACUGGUUCAUUCUAGGAACUUCAAUGUUGGAGUUCAAGCAUUAAUGUUGCUCGAUAAGAUUUCAUCGAAAAAUCAAAUUGUUAGUGAUAGAUUUUACCGCGCCUUGUACUCAAAGCUCCUACUACCAGCUGCUAUGAAUUCUUCAAAGGAGGAAAUGUUUAUUGGUCUACUUCUAAGGGCCAUGAAGAGUGAUAUUAAUUUGAAGCGUGUUGCUGCUUUUGCUAAGCGUUUGUUACAGGUUGCCAUUCAGCAGCCGCCUCAAUAUGCAUGCGGGUGCCUUUUCCUUCUCUCUGAAGUCCUGAAGGAAAGACCUCCUCUUUGGAGCAUGAUGCUUCAAAGUGAAUCUGUUGAUGACGAUCUUGAACAUUUUGAAGAUGUUAAAGAAGAUGACGAAAAUCAAGCAAGUCCUGCAACAACUAAAACAGUUAAUGUGGAAGGAGUGACUCACUCCAAUGAUGAAUUAAAUAAUGAAAGUUCCUCCCUUGAUGAAGGUGGUAAUUUGUCUUCUGAUUCUGAGGAGGAUGUUGAGCUGGAUGAUUUGAUUGUGGAAAAUGGUUCACAUGAACCCAAGAAAUCUACACCAAACUCCAACUCCUACAAACAUGAACCCCAAAUAUCAAGUGGAAGUCUGUCAAUGCCUGGGGGAUACAAUCUUCGGCACAGAGAACCUUCGUUCUGCAAUGCCGAUCGUGUUAGCUGGUGGGAGCUAGUGGUUCUGGCUUCACAUGCGCAUCCAUCAGUGGCUACCAUGGCAAGAACACUCCUUUCGGGGGCCACCAUUGUUUACAAUGGAAAUCCCCUAAAUGAUCUUUCACUCACUGCAUUCCUGGACAAAUUCAUGGAAAAGAAACCAAAACAAAGCACUUGGCAUGGUGCCUCCCAGAUUGAACCUGCCAAGAAGCUUGACAUGAAUGAUCAAUUGUUUGGGGAACAAAUUCUCUCGUUAGCUGAAACAGAUGUUCCACCAGAAGAUCUUGUCUUCCACAGGUUCUAUAUGAACAAGAUGAAAUCUUCAAAGAAGCUGAAGAAGAAAAAGAAAAGAAAUGAGGAUGAUGUCGCUGAUGAGCUUUUAGCCGGGGAUGCCAGUGAUGAUGAAGGCGAGGAAGAAGACUUUGCUGCAGACGAGAGUGACAAUGAAGAAAUUGAGAACAUAUUGGACUCUACUGAUCCUGAUUUGGAAGAAGAUGGUGAUUACGAUUAUGAUGAUUUGGACAAAGUUGCUGAUGAAAGUGAUGAUGAGUUGAUUGAUAAUCUCUCUGAGGAUGAAGGAAAUAUCCCAUCAGACAUAUCCGAGGAUGGGGAGCCUGACAUUGCCGAGGAUUCUGGUGAUAUUGCCCAAUCAGAUGACCAGGAGGACAGCUUUGUCCAAAGGAAAAGUAAACAGAAGUCGCUCAAGCGGACUGCAGCAUCCCCUUUUGCUAACCUCGAGGACUAUGAACAUAUUUUAGAGGAAGAGAGUCCUGCAGGCAAAACUACACCAAAGAAGAAGACGAAGAAGAAGAAGGCAUCCAGAUAAGUUUCUUGCAUCUUUUACCUCAUGAAACCUUAUGCAUAAAAGGUGCGGCCAUGAAAUGCUGUGUAGAGUACUCAGUUAUUGUAUCAUCAAAGAACACAUCAAAGACAUCAAGCUUCUUCACCGUGUACGAGAUCCACAUUUUGAAGGCGAGAAAUCAUUGAAACAAUGACAGCAUGAGGUGCAUGCAUCCCAAGUGGAAAUUUUGCAGACACCAGAAGACUAACAGGUAUAUUGAAAAUGUUAAAAUGUGAGUCAUCUCUUUGCAUACAUUUCCCAUUUUUCUGUUCUCUUUCUAAAAAUCAUAUUAUGUAUCCAUUUUGAAUCUGUUCUUAGCCACUUUUAGUGUUGAUUACUUCAUAGAUUACAGGUUAUGAAUGCAACCCAAAGUGUUUUUUGCUUGUAGAAGAUUUUUUGUUGGUUAAAAAAACUGAAUUUUUCAAAA